AUGUAUGAUCCUUGGAAGAAUACCUUUGGAAGUGUGGGAAUUCCAAUGGAUGUAACAACCACUACAGGAAAAGUCGGUUUUACCGAUGCGUUUUUGCCGACGCUUUUUGCAAGCGUCGGCAAUUUUUGUUCUAGCGUCAAAAUUUGCCGAAGCGUCGGCAAAAGACGACGAAGUCUUGGGCCUAAGACGACGCUAAAAAGCGUCGUCGGAAGCCAACAUUCCACCCUCAAUCCCAACGAGCCCUCUCUCUCUUUCCCUUUUCCCGGCCACCGCCCUCCACCCUCAACCCAUUCCAGAGAUCGAAGAAAAAACGGAACCCCCUCCCCAUUCCUCGUCUUCUCUCUCUCUCUCUCUCAUCAUCAUCGCCCCCCCUCCCUAACCCCCUCCAGAUUCAAGAAGCAGAACGGCUCCGGCGAUGAUGUCUUCGCCCGCCUCUUCGCCGCCUCCUUGGAUCCCGACUUCGCCCCCCUCUCCCUCGAACCGCGGAUCCUCAAGUCCCGCCUCAUCGCCGGCAAGACCCUCUACGGCCUCUUCCUCCUGCGCUCCUCCCCGACCCUCGCCGAGAUCGCCGGCCUCGCCGGCUACGACUACGGGGUCGUCGACAUGGAGCACGACUCUGGCGGCAUCGCGGAGGCCCUCCCCUGCCUCCUCGCCCUCGCCGCCGCUUUCAUGAACAGGCCUUCUAGUGGCGGUGGAGUGGCACCAGCGGCCACCCAACCCCAAGAACCCCAUCGUCUUCUUCGACGUCACCAUCGGCACCAUCCCGGCCGGCCGCAUCAAGAUGGAGCUCUUCGCCGACAUCGCCCCCAAGACCGCCGAGAACUUCAGGCAGUUUUGCACCGGCGAAUACAGGAAACAUGGGGAAGACAUAGAGGAGCUUAUGUUCAGUGGGAAAUUGAGCUACUUGGCUUUGAAAUGCCUAAGGUUCUUUUGACAGAGGAAAUCUCUGGGUCUCUGCGUAAGCUGAAGGAUUCUGGAAAACAUGAUGAUAGAAUGAUGAGCAGUCUGUCAAAAGGAAAGAAAUUCAAAUGUCAGAUGCCUCAGCCAUGCCUAGAAAGUUAUAAUGCUUUUGUCUUCACAAGAGGCACAAAGAAAAGGCCACGAGUCUCAUCACAACCUGUUGAGAGAUGCAAUGAAGCUAGCAGAAAGAUGAGAGCAAUUGAGAAAGAUGGACGGAGUGAGCGAAUAUUUGGAGUUCAUUCCUCCCAGUCAUUGGAAAAGGUAGAUGCUGUUGCUUCCCCACGAACAGUUCUGGGUGAGAAAUGCUUGUAUGCUUCCUUAAAUAUUGAUGUUAAGUAUUGUCCUGUAACAAGUUCAGAACCCAGUGAUGCUGAGAGUACCUCAUCCUCUGUUGGUAGUUGUAGUACCAGCAAUAGUCCAUAUAGAUCACCACACUGUCCUGGAAUGGGUCUUAGUCAAGAUUUGUCUAGUCGUUCAGAUGAUGCUGAAAGUUGUUGUGGGUCGGGAAGAGAAUCAUCUCUUCCCACUAAAGAGGUAUUAGCAGCAGAAAUUCAUCAGUUGGAGUUGCAUGCUUACUGUUCCACUAUGAGGGCAUUCUAUGCUUCUGGGCCCAUUAGCUGGGAUCAGGAGGCAUUGAUGACAGACCUGCGUCUUAUGCUAAACAUAUCAAAUGAUGAACACUUGUUGGAGCUAAAGAAUUUAGUGUCUUCUGAAAUAGGCAGAACCUCUUAGUUAACCAGAAGCCAUAAUUAGGUCUUGGCAGAAUACUUUUUUACUCCAGCAUCAGGUUUAGUUGUUAUAUUUUUUCAUUGCAUUGUAAUGUAGGGAUCAAAUUAUAGCUGCAUCUUGGGCAGUGAACUCAUGUAUCAGCUGUUAAGACAGUGAACUACUAUGACCAAAACAAAUUGUAUUAUAAGCUUCUAUAGAGCAAUGAAUUAUCUACCUUGAAGCCUUUUUUAAUCU